AUGAGCAGCAAAGUCUCUCGUGACACCCUCUACGAGGCGGUGCGGGAAGUCCUGCACGGGAACCAGCGCAAACGCAGAAAGUUUUUGGAGACUGUGGAGCUGCAGAUCAGUUUGAAGAACUAUGACCCUCAAAAGGACAAGCGUUUCUCGGGGACCGUCAGGCUAAAGUCCACCCCACACCCCAAGUUCUCUGUGUGUGUUCUUGGGGAUCAGCAGCACUGUGAUGAAGCCAAAGCUGUGGAUAUCCCCCACAUGGACAUCGAAGCGCUGAAAAAACUCAACAAGAAUAAGAAGCUGGUCAAAAAGCUGGCCAAGAAGUAUGAUGCCUUUUUGGCCUCCGAAUCCCUGAUCAAGCAGAUCCCAAGAAUCCUAGGUCCAGGGCUGAAUAAGGCUGGCAAGUUCCCUUCUCUGUUGACCCACAAUGAGAACAUGGUGGCAAAAGUAGACGAGGUGAAGUCCACCAUCAAAUUCCAGAUGAAAAAGGUCCUGUGUCUGGCAGUUGCUGUUGGCCAUAUAUGCCGACUGCACAUCACUAUGGACUACACUAUCGCUAUGUCAAAUAGCCGCUCAAAACAGAGUUCAUGGAUAAAUGUGGAGCUCGCCAGUCUUUUGUCUGGUAUGGAUCAGCAGAAGGCACUCAAAUGUGACCAGAAAAAUGGGCUUCUGAACAGGGUGCUGGGCGUGAGGUGUCAUUGA